UGUCAUUGACAUGUUCCUAUUCCUAAAAUCUUAUCUUUCUAACCUAAAACAUAAAGAGUCUAGAAUUUACUAUAUUUCGCUGAGUGAUUUUAAGGUGAGACGCAAAAAAAGUAAUAUGACAGCAAAAAUAUCAUAUUAAUAUGUAAUAUGAUUUUAAGAUUCAAUGUCAUAAACCAAAAAUUCUCUACGACUAUUAAAAUUUUAAAGACCAGUGCAAUGAACGCAAGCAAAUGUUACUUUCGCUAUAUUGAGGCGGAGGAAAAAAUCGACAUAUCAUUUUUAUUGAAGGUUAAACAUGCUGUUAGACAGUUUAAUUUUAAAAGAAAACCUACAGAAAAUAUACAAACACUGUGUAACCGUAUAGAAACUAAUGUUCAAAAAGUUAUCGCCAAAAAGAACAAAAAAAAUGAAAAGGCUAGUGUUAAUACUAAAAUAAAAAUUGCUGUAUUGGAUGUUAAUAACCAAGAAAUGUCUGAUAAUUAUUCUUGCAAAGAUUUAUUUGAAAUGGAAGGACCGCUCAAAGUACAAAUUUGUGAGCAAUUUUAUGAAGCCGUUUUUAAUGCGCCAUGGAUUAUCAACAUUAAUUUACCUAAAUGUUUACUUCUUGGAUUUCCUGUUUAUCCUGAGAACUUUGAAACUUUAUACACUAUAAAGGAAAAAUCUGAUUUCAAGUGGUAUACAGGCAAACCUGUUAACAAUCAAGGAAACAUAAUAAGUGAUAUACAUAUUAAUUGGAUUCUAGUUGGUAAUAGUUAUUCAUAUGUUCCAACAUCAGUGGAUGUAGGUAUGAAGUUGAAGUUAGAAUGUACUCCAGGAAAUGACAACAUCACUGGACCAGCUGUGGAAACAAUUUCUACAAGUCUAGUGGAAGCGGGUCCUGGUCCAUGUCCUUUUGAGGCGAGACAUCAGUUUACAUCUUCAAUACUAAAAGAUUCAAGUUUCCGAUGUGUUUCAUACAAUAUAUUGGCAGAUUUGUAUUGUGACUCAGACUUUACAAGAAGUGUACUCCAUCCAUACUGCCCGCCAUAUGCUCUUCAAAUAGACUACAGGAAACAACUUAUUUUAAAGGAACUUAAAGGAUACAAUGCUGAUAUUUAUUGUCUUCAAGAAGUUGACAAAAAGAUAUUCAACAAUAGUUUAGAGCCAUUUUUGAAUAGCAUUGGGCUAAAAGGUUUAUUUUACAAGAAAGGCAAAACAGUUUCUGAGGGCUUAGCUUGUUUUUAUAGACAAUCCAGAUUUGAAUUGUUGGAAGAAGAAAACAUUUUAUUAGCAGAUGCUAUAAAAACUUUACCAUGUCUUGAAUCAAUAUGGAAUGCAAUUAAAGAUAAUAAGCCAUUGAUAGAUAGGUUAUUGGACAGAUCAACAGUGGCUAGUGCAACAAUAUUACAAUCAAAAGACAAUCUUAAAGAAAUAGUUAUUGUCGCCAAUACUCAUUUGUAUUUCCAUCCUGACGCUGAUCAUAUUAGGCUGCUUCAAGGAGGAAUAGUGAUAUAUUGGCUAAAUGAAAUUAGGGACAGAUUGAUUCAAAAGCACCUUGGGAAAAGGAUAUCCCUAGUUCUGUGUGGUGAUUUUAACAGUGUACCUUCUUGUGGUAUAUAUCAGUUGUACACCACUGGUAUAGUUCCCGAUAGUCUUCCAGAUUGGCAGUCAAAUGGUGAUGAAAAAAUAUCCAACUUAUGUCUCUCUCAUGGUCUACUUCUUGGAAGUGCUUGCGGAACACCUCCUUUUACCAAUUUUACAGUUGGAUUUGCAGAUUGUUUGGAUUACAUUUUUUACGACAAAAACAACCUUGAAGUAGAACAGGUCAUUCCAUUUCCGUCAAUUGAAGAACUGCAAGCUCAUACAGCUCUGCCGAGUAUUGUGUUUCCAUCAGAUCAUAUAGCUAUUAUUUCAGAUCUUAGAUUUAAGAUAUAACAAUUGAAUAAUGUAAUAAAUGUUAUA